CACUACCCUGUCAGGUUUGAGUCUGUUCAGUUUUACUCCUAGUGCACAUAAGCACACCAGUCAGGAAUGCACCCAAGCCAGAGCACACGGUGCGGAUAACGGAGUGGGCACUUCUCCACAUUUAAGUAGCUGGGAGAGAGUCCAUCUUGGUUGAAGGGAAAGCAAAUUGUUUAACCAACGCUGGCAAGUUGGACCCUUUUGUCUGACACAAAAUAUUUCCAGGUAACUGCACGGUGAUCCAGGACUGAGGGCAGCCGGCAGCCUUGCUUCCAAAGGGGAAGGAUCAGUUUGAUAAAACAUUUCUGGAGGUGCCUUACGAGAUGGAACUGCACAUCUGACUGCACCAGGAGAGCAGCUCGGCAGAAAUGGAAACCGUGGUGAUAGUUGCCAUUGGCGUGCUGGCUACUAUCUUCCUGGCAUCCUUCGUGGCACUUGUGGUGGUUUGCAGGCAGCGCUACUGCCGGCCUAAGGAUCUCCUGACUCACUAUGAUACCAAACCGAUCGUCGACCUUAUUGGGGCGAUGGAGACGCAGUCGGAGCCCUCGGAGCUUGAGCUGGAUGACGUUGUGAUAACAAACCCCCACAUCGAGGCUAUUCUGGAGAAUGAGGACUGGAUCGAAGAUGCUUCGGGCCUGGUCUCUCACUGCAUUGCUAUUCUCAAGAUUUGUCAUACUUUGACAGAGAAGCUCGUUGCAAUGACAAUGGGCUCUGGGGCCAGAAUGAAAUCUCCCGCAAGCCUGAGUGACAUUAUUGUGGUUGCAAAGCGGAUCAGCCCCAGGGUGGAUGAUGUUGUGAGGUCGAUGUACCCGCCUCUGGAUCCCAAGCUUCUGGAUGCACGGACAACAGCCCUGCUGCUGUCUGUCAGCCACCUCGUCCUGGUGACCAGGAACGCCUGCCAUCUAAGCGGUGGCAUGGACUGGAUCGACCAAUCACUGUCUGCUGCGGAGGAGCACAUGACGGUGCUGCGCGAAGCUGCUCUGGCCACUGAGCCGGAGAGAAGCAUCGCGGGGGGCGCGGAAAGCUUCCUGCAGGAGCAGUCUGCCAUCUGACGCAGGUGGCACGGCCUGCCCUGGUGAGGGCUGACGCUCCACGUUCUCAGGGCAUCCAUGCUGCUGCUCGGUGCACUGGGGCGGUCAAAUAUUUGCAUGAGCCAUGCAGAGCUAUUAGUAUAUUGACACUGAACUGUUACCAGAGGGUAGCUAAGGCAAUGCGCUUCUGCCGGUCCCCUGCUGCUUUGUAGUUUGGUUGAAGUGCCCUGUGCAUGGAACAGUGGGGCUCUGAUUAAUAAAAUCCCAUGAGAAAUCA